AAUGCUCCGCGCUAUUCAAGUUUUGCAAUCAAGUGUGGUGGUGAAGAAAUGAAGGUUGAUAUUAUAGUGUGUGAGGCCGAUGGCUAUGAUCUUGGUGGAGCUUCUUGUAUUGUUCUUGAUACCGAAAAAUUGGCAAUUAGUGGUGCGGGUUUGUUUUCUGAUGGACAAUUUAACACUCAAUGUUCAAAAUAUUGGCUCGCAAGUGACUGGCACCGCAGGCCCGAAGCUUUAUCAGUCUUCAAGGCAAUCCUCGGGAUCACUUAGAUUCUAUGGACUUCAUCUGGAGAAUGGACUUCACAAUGUAAGUUUGUCCUUUGCUGAGACAGUUUUUGGUGAUCAGGGCUCACAAAAGUGGAUGAGUCUUGGAAGGCAUGUUUUUGAUAUCUAUAUUCAGGACUCUCCAGUUAAAAGAUUUUGACAUAUCAACAAGAGCAGGUGGGGAAGGAAAAGCAAUUACAAACAAAUUUAAUGCUAAUGUGUCUGAGAACUAUCUUGAAAUUCACCUAUUAUGGGCUGGUAAAGGGACCUGUU